AAAUUUCGAGAGAGACAAAAGGCAAAGAACAGAGCCAACACUGACCCGGUCGGAUGAACGAGUCAGAUGCGGGCCAGCGUUGCCCGGGCGCGUUUUCCCUCUUCGGUGGAGUAAACAAAAAAGACGGCCUUCUCUCCUCAUCAUCUUCGGCUGCUCUCUGGCUUUGACAUCAAUCCAUCAUCUGCAACAGCUACUGCUUUCCUUUCCCACCGUACACUUUCCAUCCAUCCAGCCUCUCCUUGCCCGCUCCCUCCUUUCUGAUUUCGAUCUUCUGGGUUCUCAGUGGGUCGAUCCGUCCAUUCCAGCCAACAGUCGAGCUGCAUUCGGUUCCGUCAUUCCAGACAGCAACCCUUCCUUGCUACUCUAACGGACGUUCCAACCUUCCCCGGAAAUCCCUCGCUCUACUAUUUCAAAAAGCGUCCCGAUCAUCUGUGCUCAACUUCUCCCCCUCUCUCGAUCGAUCAGAAUGGACUACACCAUGGAAGACACUCAGAACUCCGCUCCCGAUGCGCUUGAGGCGUCCAAGUUGAACCCGGCGGGACAGCGAAAUGACAGCCAAAGCGUCACCAAACGCCUUCAAGCUGAACUCAUGCAGCUGAUGCUCUCGCCUUCCCCGGGUAUCUCCGCCUUCCCGGACGCAGACGGCAACCUUCUUUCGUGGACGGCGACAAUCACCGGACCUGCCGAUACUCCCUACGAUGGCCUGAAACUGAAGCUGUCGUUCUCUUUCCCCAGCAACUAUCCGUAUGCCCCGCCCACCGUCCUCUUCAAGACGCCCAUCUACCACCCCAACUUCGACUUCUCGGGCCGUAUCUGCCUGGACAUCUUGAAGGACAAGUGGAGUGCCGUCUACAACGUGCAGAGUGUGCUUGUCAGUCUGCAGAGCUUGCUCGGAGAGCCAAAUAACGCGAGUCCCUUGAACGCCCAGGCCGCGGAGCUAUGGGACACCGACAAGGAGGAAUUCAAGCGUCACGUUCUCGCCAGACACCGUGACAUCGAAGAUAUCGAGUAA